CCGCCGCGCCCCACGCCGCCGCCGCCCCCCGUUUCCACGGCGGGGGCCGGUCGGCGCCGCGGGGCGCUCGGUCAUGGGGCGCGGGAUGCGGUUGGCGUCGGUGCUGGUGCUGCUGGUGGGUGCUGCUGGUGCAGGUCUGGGCAGCGCGGUGGGAACGGGCAGCCCCUGCGAAAAAGCCUGCAACCCUCGGAUGGGCAACCUGGCACACGGGCGGGCGCUGCGGACGGAGACGGCCUGCGGGCGCCAUGCCGCCGAACUCUUCUGCGCCUACACCGAGGACGCCCAACGCCGCUGCAAGCUCCCCACCUGCGGCCGGUGCAGCGGGGCCCACGCGGGGCUGGCUCACCCCCCGGCAGCCAUGGCCGAUUCCCCCUUUCGCCUGCCCCGCACCUGGUGGCAGUCGGCCCGGGAUGCCUCUCGCGAGACCAUCCAGCUGGACCUGGAAGCCACCUUCUACUUCACUCACUUGAUUUUGGUCUUCAAGUCGCCCAGGCCGGCCGCCAUGGUGCUGGAGCGCUCCCAGGACUUCGGCGAGACGUGGAAGCCUUACAAAUACUUUGCUGCUAACUGCUCGGCCACCUUCGGGCUGGAGGAUGACGUGAGUCAGAGAGGAGCCAUUUGCACUUCCAGAUAUUCCAGUCCCUUCCCCUGCACUGGAGGAGAGGUGAUAUACCGAGCCCUGUCACCGCCUUACGCCGCAGAGGACCCGUACAGCGCCGAAGCCCAGGCGCAGCUGAAGAUCACCAACCUGCGGGUUCGGCUGCUGGAGCGGCAGGGUUGCCCCUGCCUCCCGGCCGUCCCGACCCCCCGGUCCCCGCAGCCCCCGUCGCCCCUGCACUACGCCAUCUACGACUUCAUCGUGAAGGGCAGCUGCUUCUGCAACGGCCACGCUGACCACUGCGUCCCCGUCGCCGGAUUCAAGCCCGUCAAGGCGGCUGGCGUUUUCCAUGUGGUCCAUGGGAAAUGCAUGUGCAAGCACAACACGGCAGGGUCCCACUGCCAGCACUGCGCCCCGCUCUACAACGACCAGCCUUGGCAGGCUGCCGACGGCAAAACCGGAGAACCCAAAGAGUGUCAAUCGUGCAAGUGUAACGGGCAUGCCGACACUUGUCAUUUUGACAUGGAUGCGUGGCUGGCAUCGGGCAAUCGCAGCGGCGGCAUCUGCGACAACUGUCAGCACAACACGGAGGGGCAGCACUGCCAGCGCUGCAAGCCGGGCUUCUACCGGGACCUCAGGAAGCCUUUCUCUGCCCCAGAUGCCUGCAAACCUUGCUCCUGCCACCCCCUGGGAUCGGCCGCGCUCCCCUUGGGUCCCCGCACCUUCUGCGACCCCAGCACCGGUGACUGUCCCUGCAAGCCCGGCGUGGCGGGACCCCGCUGCGACCGCUGCCUCCCCGGCUACUGGGGCUUCGGUACCUACGGCUGCCGACCCUGCGACUGCGCCCGUACCUGCGACCCCCGCACCGGCGACUGCCGCAGCAGUGGCUCGGACGUGACCUGGCACAACGAAGCACCUCCUUUCCAGGCGAUGCUCAACGAAAGCGAGCCCGCCUGGGGCUGGGAGGAUGAGCAGGGCUUCUCGGCGCUCCGGCACUCCGGUAAAUGCGAAUGUAAAGAGCAAGUUUUAGGAAAUCGCAAGGUCUUCUGCGGGAUGAAGUACACCUACGUGAUCAAGACGAAGAUCUUGUCAGCUCAUGACAAAGGCUCCCACGCAGAAGUCAAUGUAAAGAUCAAGAAAGUCUUGAAAUCCACAAAGCUGAAGAUCCUCCGGGGCAAGAGGACCCUCUACCCUGAAUCCUGGACUAACAGAGGCUGCACUUGUCCCAUCCUCAAUCCCGGUGCACACAUCACUUGGAAAUCACCGAUCGAAACGUCAACUUCGGUGCUGAGAUGUCCCUUACGUGUGCAGCACUGCAAAUUUCCUUUGGGGGGAAAGGGCUGUCUGCGAGGCUGGAUCACACAGAAAGGUUAUUCAUUGAUGAGGUGUUUGCAGUCUUCUUUCACCUCCACCGGAGUGACCGUCUUUGGCUUUGAAGGCAAGCUGCCGUCAUUGCACAGCUGUAGUCAGGAAGACUUGUCAGGUGCAAGGGCUGGAUGAAUCAGCAGCGUUAGGCAGGACUUUACUGUUUAAGUGCAGUAAGACUUCGCGUGUUGCUAAAACACCAUAAAUCUGUAAUUAAACAGAUACAGCUGUUUUCUUUUUCUGUGGAAAAACAAUGCAAACGCAAGCAAGAAAGCCCAGAUGCCGCUGCCUUAAUAUGAACCUGGAGGAAUGCCGUGGAAGCUGUCAGACACCGAGCGUGCAGGGCAGCCCCGCACUUGACACCCAGCUUUGCGACCCCGCUAACUUCAGAGGAGCUUCACUGCUUUCUCCCAGCGGAGGAAAAGACAGCCGUAAUCACCGAAUCAACGAAGAUCGCUUGAACACCAGCGGAAGAGUGGAGGUGCAAUUGUCUUUAGGGACAAUCCAGGCGUCUGACACAUCAGGUGUUACUCCCUUGCCGGCUCUCAUGAUUUACACUGCAAAGCUUGGUAUUGUCUUGAAAUGCAGCUGCUGGAGUCCAAGGCGUAUAAAUUAAUCUCAGCUUUCAUGUUGGAAAGAAGUUGUGAAGUUUGGUCCUAAUGGGGAACUUGAAAACAUCGAGUGUAUCUUUAAGAUCUAAUCAUUUCACAGGGGAAAAAAAAGGAUCCCAGGUAUUUUUGAAAUCUCAUUAUUUUCUUCAGCUACCACAUUCAUUUCUGAACGGUUGGCAAUACUAUAUUAGCAGAUUUAACCUUCUCUCAGAGUAAGAGCUUCUGAUCUCCAGAUGAAUAAACUGACAACAGCCAGAUAAAAAGCCAAGCUGACAUAAAACAAUUUCCUGAUAUAUAGCUGUAAUAGAAAUCACAUCUCCCAAAAACAUAGAGGAGAUCAAAGAUAAAAAUAAAAGAAAAAAAGACAUGUUUUUAUUCUGUUUCACGGCGCUAAAGGGAUACCAAAAGGAGGGUAGGCUUUUAAAGGCUCUGGCAAGAAAUAAAAACUCCAAGCACUUAUCGAAUCUCCACGGGCUGUUUUCGGAUUAUAAAUGUGCUUAAGUUCUUGUGAGGGGAUAUUCGCUACCCUUGCACACCUUCCCCUCCACACACACCCACAGGGGCAGGUUGGGCUUUUGGGGGGACACUGAGCUGAAAGGUUUAAAAGUUUCUGCCGUCUGCAAGGGAGCAGGAGCCCCUUCCCCUCCUCGGCUCUGCCCAGCCCAGACACAAAUAAGCAGAGAGCUGCCUGCCAGCAACACAGGGCAAAACGCACAGCCUGAAGUCCUGGCUUGUGUCAUCUCAAUCGUUUGAGUCAUUUUAAUUUUACAAUUCUUUAACAUCAGGUUGAAAAUCUAGAAUAUCUAGAAAGCCCUAGCGAAUCAGCAACCGCAGCAAUAUUUGCUUGCUCUCUGAGGGUGCAUGCCACAUUUCUCUCUCAAGGGAGAUAGAUUUAGGAGCCCUUGAAAAGUCGUGUUUGUAGCAGCAGGAUUGAUGUGGCCAAAAUGAAUGUCUUGCAAAGGGCGAUACUGCCGCACACAUAUCCUGUGUUUACUUGGCAGAAGAGAGGAUGCGUGUGCCCAAAAACUCAGAUGAAGUAGAUAACAAAUUGUAUUGAAUUAAAGAAAAACAUGCUUGACCUUUAACUAGGGGACACUCUCCCUUUAUUCUGAACUACAAAAUGAAAACCCAAGAAAACCCGAGCAGAUUCCCCGCUGCAGCCAGGCUGGAGUGGGACGACCGAGAGCGCUGGAGAAGACCCAUCUCCCCCAGGCUAGUUCGUACCACCACGUGGUGCUCCCCAGACCCGUGCAAGGAGGAGGGGGUACAGGGGGGUCUCCUGCUCGCUGUAUCCCAAGCAUGCUGCAGCGGGAUGCUGGCCCUGGCAGGGAGCUCCUCCGGCCGUGGGAGGGCUUAUCCUCCUUGUUAUCCCCAUUUCUGUCACGUUCGUGGCCCAUUUAGGCUGUUGGGAUCCUUGGCAGUGUUUCUUUAGCUAAUUCAAGCCAAAGGCUUCACUCCGUCCCCCCACUUAGCGGUUAUUGCCUGGCUCCAAGUGCAGACCUGGAUGCCUGGGGCGAGCCCUGCAGCAGGGGACCGUGCUCCAGCCCUUUCUGGCGGCUCCUGGACACCAGUCGAGGCUUUGCCAGAUGCUGCUGUCGUGUCCCUAAAACAUCUGGCGGAGGCAGAAAUUAAUGCAGCUCUUCUCAGUGUGACUGCCACCCCCUCGGGCUCUUCUGGGGUGCUCACACCGGCAAAUCUAGUAUUGCCUCUUGUCAGGGUCCCGUGUGCCUUUGCCUGCAAGGGGGCACUGGAUAUUUUGAGCAAGACACCGGCACUAGGUCAUCCUGCAUUGUCAUUACUGGAAUGCGCUGAACUGACCGAUUUCCAGACCCAGGUGUAUUCAGGGAGGGCUGAGGCAGCUUUCUGCCAAAUGAAGGUAACAGCAGUUCCCAAACGAGGUAUAAAAACUUGUAGUACAGCCCCCAGAGUUCAGCUUCUGUUUAUAUUUAGAAACUAAUAAAAUCAAAGUUUGUAUACUGCAUCUCACUGACAGAUGCGCCGCGGGUCGUUUUUCCAGGGAUAUAGAUAGAGGUGUAGAUAUACAGAUAUAUGAGAGAAUCAAUAAGUAUCAAUAUUUUUUUGUAUAAGUGCUUUUUGACAUGGAGCUAGAUAUCCAGGCUGACUUUGCAGUGUCAGUAGGCUUCUUAAGCAUGGUGCUGUGCAGUCCCUGACCGCUUUG